CCGUCCACUGGGGGCACAUUAAACAGUGACACUUCCGCAAACUGUAAUUUUAUACAUUUGACAUCUAAAAUGGGCCUUCAGUGCGCCACCUCAAUCCCACAUCACAUGGGGCGCUCGUUCCUCGAUGUCUCGUACAUUUUGUAGAACAGCGGCAAGAAAUGGUUGCUCUGUGAAAACCUCGUAUGUGCCAAUUUGCGUUUAAGGAAUAGAAGCGGGCAGAAACUACCUUCGUCAAAAGACGGAUCAGCUCCAAAAAAGAGCCUACGAAUUUUGGAAUCGGAGCAGCAACCUAAACUAGCUAGACUGUAGGGCGAGCCUAUUAAUCACGCAAAAAUAAUUGCAAUACGGUCCAAAGAAUCAACUCUCUGGUUAGCUAAAUGUAGCUUCGCUGGCUAGCUUUAUGAUUGCCAGUUUGCCACUGGAAAAGGACCAUUGAAGAGGAAGACCAGGAUUAUUCAACCAGCUCGCUAACGUUAAUGAGCUAUUUUGCUUUUAGUUCAUUACACUAUUAGCCAACUAGCUAAAUUCGUUUUUAGUAAAUCAGCAUAGAUUCGGCUUGCUUGGUAACUUGGCUCGUCGACUGACUAAAAAUAUCUGGCUGGCGAAUAAGCCCAGCUAUAUUUGCAGUAUUGUUUACACAAAGAGCAAACUACCUAGCUAGCACACAAUUAAGGUUACCUAUCCAACGAGCUACUUGGCCAGCCAAAAGCUAGCGACAAACGGAUACAAAAAAUAGUCUUACCAGGUAACGUUAGCUGAUCUCGAAAGAAAUCAGAACGACGCUAACGUUCUCUAAAUACGUGCGAUCGCGUGAAGAAAGGACUGCAUUCGGUUACCAUUUUCGUGGCUGAUGAACCGGACAGAACAGUAAACGGACGAAAUAUUAUCUAAAUUACAAGAUUUCAUCUAUAUUUUUUGAGCAGACGAAACAAAGAAGCUAAACGUUUCCAAGAGGCUUAACCUAUUGGUCUUGGUUACAAAGGAAUACACAAUAAGAAACUGACAUGAUGUUUCCACAAUCCAGACACUCGGCUUCCUCCCAGUCAUCGCAACAGCUGAAGUUCACGACCUCCGACUCCUGCGACCGCAUCAAAGACGAGUUCCAGUUCCUGCAAGCACAGUACCACAGUCUGAAGUUGGAAUGCGACAAGCUGGCCAGCGAGAAGUCCGAAAUGCAACGCCAUUACAUAAUGUACUACGAGAUGUCCUACGGCCUGAACAUUGAGAUGCACAAACAGGCGGAGAUUGUGAAGAGGUUAAAUGGGAUCUGCGCUCAGGUGCUCCCUUACCUGUCACAGGAGCACCAGCAGCAGGUCCUUGGGGCCAUCGAGAGAGCGAAGCAGGUCACCCCCCCAGAGAUGAACUCCAUAAUCCGGCAGCAGCUCCAGGCUCACCAGCUGUCCCAGCUCCAGGGGCUGGCCCUGCCCAUGACGCCCCUCCCCCUGGGCCUGACUCCGCCCACCCUGCCGGCGGUCACCUCCAGCUCCGGCCUCUUCUCCCUCUCCAGCAUCCUGGCCUCGCAGGCCCACCUGGCCAAGGAGGAGAAGGCGGCGCGCGAGGGGGCCGACAGCCACCGCGACGAGGACGGCGACAAGUCCGACUGAGCGCCGCGCCGCGUCACGCCCGCCCUCCUCCUCCUCCUCUUCCUCCUCUUCGCUGUGUCGCUCUCUCUCUCUCUCUCUCUCUCUCUCUCUCGCUGUCUUUCAUCCCCUCCUCUCUCUCCCCCCCUCUCUCCUCUCUCUUUCAGCUCUCCCUCUCCCCCUCUCUCUCUCUCCCAAGUCAUUCCUCCGAGCCUCUUUUUAGAGAUAUUUUUGUCUUCUUCUUCUCUUGUUUUUUUUUUUUCUUUUUUUUUUUUCUUUUGCAAAAAUUAUUUCUAAUCAUUCAAGUAUUUAAUCUUUAUUUAAUUUCAAGUUUCCGGAUUUGCUUCUCCCAAACUCCCACCUUCCCCGUUCCCCCCCUUUCUUGUUUGCUUUGUCGCAGACGUCCUGUGCCCCCUCCACCUCCAUACGUCCUUAAAAAAAAACAUCCCUGCCCCGCCACCCCCCACCCACCCACCCCCCAAAUCCAGUCCCUUGAUCCUUUGCUCCAUCUUUGACUCCAUCGGGAAAAAAUUCUUGUUCCUGUUCGGCUGUCCUUCUGAUUGACAGCAGAAUGUGACCCCGCCCCUUUCUCCACCCCUCCAGGUCUAAUCUUCACUGUAAACAGGAAGUGCGAAUAGUAGCUAGGAGUUAGCGAACAGCCGCUUUCGCUGAAGACACAAAGAGAGUGAGCGGUAUUUCCUCUAGCUCUUGAUUCCGCUAAUUAUAUAUAUAGUGUUGGAUUUCAUUUUUCAAACUUGUAGAGUCGCGUGAACUUUGCACCCAGUAAGUUUUGGGGGAUACUAGUAAGAGUAGGGGGGGGGGGGGGGGUGUUUGUGUCCUCCCAUCUCGCCCUCUGUGGAGCAUCCUGGUUGCCACGGCAACCCACAUCCGGUUAAUUCAGUGGAGUUUUGUUUUUUAAACGCUCCAUCAGGCGCUGUUAAUGCUGAGUGAGUUUCUCUGUUCGCUGCUCACAAUCAGAAAGGAAAACGGGAGAAAUCUGGCGGAAUUAAACUCGGAGGUGAUGGUGAGGAUGGCAGGGGACGCUGUGCUUGUGUACGUGUGAUGUAAAGAUGAAUAUUUUUCCCCUCCUGCUUAAAAAAAAAGACAGAAGAAAAACUUAAUUUCUCUUCUGUGUGUGUGUGUGUGUGUGUGUGAGGUCCAUUCUUCCUCGGCAUUUGAUUGGUAGAGGCUAAGAAAAGUGAGUGGGGGGUGGGGUGGGGGGGUGGGGGGGGGUGACUACAACGCCCUGUGGUUCUGUGCCUCAGCGCAGUCUUUAGCGUUAGCGCCAUGCUAAUGUAGGUCAUGCAGUGGGAUCACUCUGUACCAGAAAAGAUGACGGUGUUCCUGAGAGCAUUAGUUUAGCUGCAUGAGUCACCAGUCCCAGAGUAAAGCGUAAUAUCAUGUUUCAGACCAUUGUGAUCAGCUUUCUGUCCCAAGAAUUCGAAAGCCGUUUUUGCGACUUUAAAAAAAUAAAGAUAUGAGCUAAUCCUACUAGGCCUCUUUUCACAUCAAAGAGGGGAAGCUUCGGUUCUCCAACAGUAGAGGGCAGUAAUCACUUUGGAAGCCAGCUGUUAGAUGAGGCCGGGGCCCUCUUUGCUAACAAGAUCCUUUUAUUCCCAGAAAGGGUUUAAGAUUCCUUUCGUGAUGUUCCAAAGAGUGAAUGUCUGCUCUCUGUCAAUCUUAGAACCAGUUUGGAGGUUUUCGGAAAACAAUCGCAGAUAUUACGAAAACUAGUGAAGCUCUUUUUUGUGGGAUGGAAGGAUGACAGAAAUUCAAAGGUCACUAAUUUAACUUCCCAUUUCCUCACUGCCGUGAAUGGAAUGGACUGAGGGGAGCAGAAGAAAUCUGCCUGUCAGUUUUAGCUUACAGAAAAGCGCAGGUUUCCCUGUGAAAGGCUCACGUUAAGAAAGAUCCACAGCGGUGGGCAAGCAGCACAGGAAGAGAGGAUUUGGGAAAGUGUGCAUCCAGAGGGUCUGUUGUUUUUAAACAGUGUGUGCGUGUGUACGUGCGUAUGUGUGUGCAUGCAUGUUCUCGUGGUAGAUCUAGAGCAGGGCUGUCCAACUUUAUUCCUGGAGAUCUUCCAUCCUGUAGGUUUUCACUCUUGCCCUGACAAAACACACCUCAUUCAAGAGCAAGAGGCCUCGUUGAUCUGCUAAUUAGUGGAGUCGGGUGUGCCGAAAUAGGGCUGGAGCGAAAACCUACAGGACGUAGGUGGAUCUCCAGGAACGGGAUUUGGGCAGCGGUGGUCCGGAGCAACAUCUCUGCCCUGCGAUUGGUCCCGCGAAACCGUCGACUGCAGCUGCAUCGCGUCGGCGUGGGUCGUUACGUGCGCAUAGAAACUCCAGCUGAUUGGCUCAGCUCGGCAGCCUGUGACCGCAGCGCUUUCAAAAUGGCUGCCCCAGCAUGUCACAACGCAAGGCUUCGCACCGUCCAGGAAGUCGAACGCAGCUACGAACGGCUUUUCGAUCUUCUGCGUGGGAACCAUGCCAGGCUGUAUAGACCCAUUCCGCCUUGAAGGUGAAGCCUCUUUUUUUUAUUUAUACAUACAUUUUUUUUUAUUAUCCCCUAUUAUGCACAGUUAGAUUACGUUCAGUGCACUUUUUUGAUAUUAAAAGUCAUUUCCUCGUGAAUCGUAGAAGAGGAUGCUGGGAGUGGGAACCGUAGGUUUGAGCCCUGGGAGUGAGAUGUAUGCGUUCUGUCGCGAAGGGCCGAUUUAUAUAUAUAUUAUAUAUAUAAAUAUAUAUCGAUGCGUAUAAUUUUUUAAAACAUUUUUGUAUGUGUAAGGCUGCAUCUCUCGUGUCUGUCCUGGAUGAUUUUGGUUUUAGUGAACUGCAGUACUGUCAUGCCAUCAGAAGGAUGGUAGCACUAUGGAGUACCCCCCCCCCCCUUCCCGGCACCCUCUGCCACUCACCUCCCUCCCCCCAACACCUCCUGCCACCCCCCCUUCACCCCCCCUACCCCUCCCCCCUCCCCCUCCCCCGGCAGUGGUAUGAAGCAUUGCAACCUUUUGGAGCUUUGUAAAGGUCAUUUAUAAAUUCUAAUUUUGUGUUGUACGUAAAAAAUUUAAAAAAAGAAAUGGAAAAAAAAAAAAACCUUUAAGUGUGUACUUGGCAAAAAUUGUAUGUUGUUUGUGUUAUGAAAACCAAUAUUAUAGCUUCGUUUUAAAAAGAGGACAAAAAAAAAACUAAAAAGUUAACAAAAAACAUUUACUAUAAAUGAAUGAAAAGUUCUGCAGUAAGGAAGUAUUUACGGUGCCUUACAAAUAAAAGAAAUCAAUGGACGUAA